AUGGCGGAAGCGCGGUUCUCCGUGGAGGUGCUCGUGGACGGCCGGCCGCUGGACCGCCUCCGCGACGACCACGGCUUCUUCGUGCUCGGGCGCCCGGGGACGCGGUACGACAUCCGCGUGUGCUACCGGGGCCCGCCCGAGUCAGCCGCGAUCCCGGUCGUCGCAGAAGUCUUCGUGGACGGCCAGCCCGUGUUCGCCCCGCCGAGGCACUCGCGGGUGCUGAAGCGGGGCCGGCUGCUCGUGCCAGGCUUCGAGACGGGGAGGAUCGUGGAGCGGCAGCCCCUGGCCUGCGUGCCGCCGGCGGCGCGGGGGGAGUCGGAGGAGUCGGACGAGGAGCUUGGCCCGGAGGCGGCCCAGUACCGGCAGGCGUUCAAGUACCGCCCCUUCGUUUUCGCGUUCCCAGACGUGGAGGAGGACCGGGCGGACCCCGAGCUCGGGACCAUACGGGUUGAGCUGCACGAGUCCUUGCCCAGGGAGCCGCGGCAGGGCAAGAAAGCCCACCUGCCGACACGGAUGACCACGGUGGCCGGCGAGGAGCAGACGACCGCCUUCGCGCUGCGCUCCCCGUCGGCCACGCACACGGUCUUCGACAAAGGGCACGUGGGGGCCGCGGCCGAGUCAGCCUCUCCCGACGAGGUGCGAGAGGCGGCCGAGAUCGAGGCCGCCGUGCGCAACUCCCUCGCCACCCUGCAGCAGGAGGGCGCCUCGGGCGGGGUGCAGGGCGAGGGCGGCUGCCUCAAGACCCUGACAUGCAACAGCAUCAGCUUCGACGGCUUCCAUAUCGUGUCCCAGGUCGCUGGCGAGAAGCGGCCCACAAUCUGCAACGACUACAACGACACCGCGCUGCACAGCGUCCCGAUCGACGUCGACGGCCACGCAAAGAGCGAGUACGAGAACGCAGGGACAAGGGCAGAGGAGACGGCAGCCACUCUCGUAGUGACAGAGGUCAACGAAGUGAUAAGCAUAGAUCUGAACGCCCUCCUUCUCAAGAUCGGGGUAGACGGCGAACUGAACGUGAACGUGAAACCCCCCGUGAACAGGCACAGCCACAGCUACUACGCCUACGCGCAGGGCAACGCGCAGCGGAGGACCCUCGACCGCGACAGCAGCAAGGGCAGCCAGUUCAAGAACCGCGGCUACAACAUCCGGCACGCCUACUGCAACGCCUGCAGGAAUGGCACCAGCGACUCCAAUUGCGGGCGAGGCUACCCCACCUGGCCAUCAUUCGCAACGCCCAGCAAGCCCUUCAAGGCGAACUUCAGCUCGUACUCGGACACGUUCGACAGCAUGGCGGCAGAGCAUUACCUGAUUGUCACGGACAUCCACCUCUCUGUUGCCAUGGACCCAGUGGAGAUGGCCCAGUCGCGCCUGAGCGACCUCUCCAUCAGCCACGCCUCCUUUAGAGCCAAGCAGAACAUCCCAGAGGAAGCGCUGCGCAUCCCAGAAGUGGUCUCCACGGAGGACCGGUACAAGAUCAUACUCGACAGCCUCAUGAACGCGAAUGGACUGGAAAGCAUCUACCAUAUCGACCUGGCGACAAACAUGCACGAGCCAUUCAGUUACGUGCUGCCCGAGCAGCACAAGCUGCACAGCGACCUGGAGACCAACCUACAGCUGAAGCGCAUUCUCGUCAAGUCCGUGCUGGCAUUCGCGUCCGGCACAGCAGCUCCAGCUAUCGUCAUUGAGGCAGCGGCGGGCCACGCGCGCCUGGCCGACGGCGCCGCUCAGGGGACGGACGGGGCGCCGCUCAGGGGAGGGCGCGACCUCGAGGCGCAGCCGCGGCCAGCAGACGCCGCGGCUGGCGGAGGCUGCAGAGGCAGCGCGGGCGGCGCUGCAGCGCUCGGCCCUGCCGCCGCCUCCGCGGCGCCUCAAACGUCCCCUGCCGCCGGCCCCGCCGUGGGCGCCGCGCGCGCAGAGCCGGCAGCGGCCGAGCCUGCGGCUGCUGCUGCCGAGCGGGCGCCCUGCCCCGCUGAGCCCGCGUCGGCACCAGAGGGCGCCGCGGCCGCGCCGCGCGCCGCCGGCGCCAGGCCAUCGGCCGCUGCGGCAGCGCCCGCGCCGAGAGCGAGCCCGCAACACCCCUGCGGCGGGGCGACGGCCCUCUGCGGCGACGACGGCUACAUGUACCGCGCCGGCCCAGGCGGCACGCUGACGGCUUUGUACGCUGUGCCAGGCGCGAGCGGCGGGGCGGGGCGCCUGGCGGCGGCGCCGUCGCAGCCCGGCUCAGGCGCCGCGGCGGCCAGCUCGGCUCCGCAGGCCGCUGGCCAGCCGCCCGCCGCCGCUCCUGGGGUUCGCCGCGGCGACGAGGCGGCGCAGUGGCAGAAGUACAGGGGCCACGGCGGCAGGAUCUGGUGGUGGCGUGGCGACGGGGAGUGGUUCUUCGAGGACGACGCGGCUGACUGGCAGCGCUUCAGCGACGAUCAAGGACGCAUCUGGUGGUACCGCGACGACUCGACGUGGUUCUUCCGGGAUACCGGCGCAAUGACUUAA